AUGAGCCGGGCUCGGCCCGCGAGUCCGGAGGAAGCGUGCCCGCCGGCGCGGCCCGGCUCACACGGCGGACGCGAGGCAGGCGGCGGCGCAGACCCUGGCCCGCCCCUCUCCGGCGCGCCCUGUCCCACUCACCCACUCCCCGAGGCCCGCGACAGGAGCCCAGGGAGGCGCAGGCCCGCGGCAAGGCCCAGCCGUCCACGCGGCGGCGCCGGCGCGGGCGGAAGUGCGCCGAGGGCUGUGACCGCGUGUGGCCGCUCUAGGACGCGCCGGAGGUCUGCGCUCGGUGGUGCCCGGCCAGGCCGGGCCGCGCGGGUGGGCUCGCCAAUGAUUGCGGGAGCCCUCUUGUCCCCAUUGGGUCCCUGUCCGCCUUCAGUCGCCCGCACCAUUCUCUGGUAGGCUCCGUGCCCAGUGUAGAGCCCAAUGUGGGGCUUGAACUCAUGGCCCUGAGA